UUCACGCAGGGCCGGACUACGCUGAGUGAUGACGUCUCCUCAUUGGGCGGAAGGUUUGGUGGCAGUCGUCGGUGUUCCAGCUGGUGGGAGUUGGCUUCACGGUGCUGGGCGCUGAGCCCCCAGUUUAUGUAGCUGGCAGGUUGGGCCGCGGGGUCGUCCCUGUCCUUCUUCUUCCGGUGUUCCUGGGUUUCCUUCUCGGCGUGGGGCCUCGCCAAGGACUCGCCGGCCCGGUGGGGCCGCGGCUUUAGUGGUGCCUUUUGCGAGUUCUCAUAAGUACAUCUUAAAACCUUCAAGAUGGUUCUGGCAGAUCUUGGAAGAAAAAUAACGUCAGCAUUACGCUCUUUGAGCAAUGCCACCAUUAUCAAUGAGGAGGUAUUAAAUGCUAUGCUAAAAGAAGUAUGUACAGCAUUAUUGGAAGCAGAUGUUAAUAUUAAACUAGUGAAGCAACUAAGAGAAAAUGUUAAGUCUGCAAUUGAUCUUGAAGAGAUGGCAUCUGGUCUGAACAAAAGAAAAAUGAUUCAGCAUGCUGUAUUCAAAGAACUUGUAAAGCUUGUAGACCCUGGAGUUAAAGCGUGGACACCAACUAAGGGAAAGCAGAAUGUGAUCAUGUUUGUUGGAUUGCAAGGGAGUGGUAAAACAACAACAUGUUCCAAGUUAGCGUAUUAUUACCAGAGGAAAGGUUGGAAGACCUGUUUGAUAUGUGCAGAUACAUUCAGAGCAGGAGCUUUUGACCAGCUAAAACAGAAUGCUACCAAAGCAAGAAUUCCAUUCUAUGGAAGCUAUACAGAAAUGGAUCCUGUCAUCAUUGCUUCUGAGGGUGUGGAGAAAUUCAAAAAUGAAAAUUUUGAAAUUAUUAUUGUUGAUACGAGUGGCCGUCACAAACAAGAAGACUCUUUGUUUGAAGAAAUGCUUCAAGUUUCUAAUGCUAUUCAACCUGAUAACAUUGUUUAUGUGAUGGAUGCAUCCAUUGGACAGGCUUGUGAGGCCCAGGCGAAGGCCUUUAAAGAUAAAGUAGAUGUAGCUUCAGUAAUAGUGACAAAACUUGAUGGCCAUGCAAAAGGAGGCGGUGCACUCAGUGCAGUUGCUGCCACAAAAAGUCCAAUUAUUUUCAUUGGUACAGGGGAACAUAUAGAUGACUUUGAACCUUUCAAAACACAACCUUUCAUCAGCAAACUUCUUGGUAUGGGUGACAUUGAAGGACUGAUCGAUAAAGUCAACGAGUUGAAGCUGGAUGACAAUGAAGCGCUUAUAGAGAAGCUGAAGCAUGGUCAGUUUACGUUGCGAGACAUGUAUGAACAGUUUCAGAAUAUCAUGAAAAUGGGCCCAUUCAGUCAGAUCUUGGGGAUGAUUCCUGGUUUUGGAACAGAUUUUAUGAGCAAAGGAAAUGAACAGGAGUCAAUGGCAAGGCUAAAGAAGCUGAUGACGAUAAUGGACAGUAUGAAUGAUCAAGAACUGGACAGUACAGAUGGUGCCAAGGUUUUUAGUAAGCAACCAGGUAGGAUCCAAAGAGUUGCCCGAGGGUCUGGUGUGUCAACAAGAGAUGUUCAGGAACUUCUGACACAGUAUACCAAGUUUGCACAGAUGGUGAAGAAGAUGGGAGGCAUCAAAGGGCUUUUCAAAGGUGGUGAUAUGUCUAAGAAUGUGAGUCAGUCACAGAUGGCAAAAUUGAAUCAACAAAUGGCCAAAAUGAUGGAUCCACGAGUUCUUCACCACAUGGUGUGUGAUUUUCUUGGAGAGAAGAUUGCGUCUGUUUUGGGCAUCAGCACCCCAAAAUACCAGUAUGCCAUUGAUGAGUAUUACCGGAUGAAGAAGGAGGAGGAGGAGGAGGAAGAAGAAAAUAGGAUGUCUGAAGAAGCAGAAAGACAAUACCAACAAAACAAGCUGCAGGCUGAUUCCAUUGUACAGACAGAUCAACCGGAGACAGUGGUAUCCAGUUCAUUUGUGAAUAUUAACUUUGAAAUGGAGGAAGACUGUGAAGUGAUCAAGGAAAGCAAACAACGUCCAGUCUCUGUCCCACCGUAGAAUGAAAACGACUGUAUAUAAAGCACUAAACCCUAAACUUCUCCAGUCAGGAACUUUCCACGUUUUGUUUAGUGAGACUUAAAACAACUAUUUAUAUUUUAAAUUAUUAAGGGAGGAUCUUUCUUCAUUUUUAUGCUACAUCUAUCACAGAUAUAAAGUUGGGAUUUUUUUAUUAUGAGUUAAAGUAGUGACCCCUACCCCCACGCUGGAGAGCAAACCCAGGGCAUCUUUGACAUACAUUAGCCACGUACUCUGCCACUAAGCUUGGUGCUUUGAUUUUACGAUGGUCUUUUAUAAACAUGAGGACAUUUAGCUAGGCAUGGUAACACACAUCUUUAAUCCUCGCACUAGGGAGGCAGAGGCAGGUGGUUCUAUGCGAGUUCAAGUCCAACCUGGUGAAUGUAGCUCCAGAACAGCCACACAGUGAGAUCCUGUCUCAAAACAAAGACUAAAGGCAUUCUACAUUUAAGAGGAAAGUUAAGUUAUUCACUAAGAUUUUUGGUUUGGGGGCAUUUGGUUUUUUUUAAAUGGUAAGUAUUGAUUAAUCAAUCAUAAUCCUAAAGUAUCAAAGUACUCCUGGAUUUUACACUAAGGACGGUUCAGACUGUUAUACGGAAACUGCAAGACAACUGUAAUACUGCAAGAUGGAAACAAUGUGGAUUUCCUUUUGUUGAAAAUAUUUUAUGGAAAUGUACUAAAUAUUAAGAUUGGGUUUUCAUUUUCACUACAAGUCAUUCUUGUAUUUUUCGGUAGUUACUGAAAUAACCUGCUCUGCUCACCAGUUAAUACUAGUUCUGAAGAGCUUGUAGGAGUCAUUUGGUACCUGAUGAUGACCCGCAUGGCAUCAACUCAGCCCUCGAUGCAUCAUAAACAGAGAACUAACCGGGGUAAAGAAGUGGGAACAGUUUAGUUUUGUUCACCAUUUUGAUGUAAUGGUAGUGAGUUGGAGAUUUGAUGUGAACCAGCUUUGGCCAUUUCUGUCCUUACUAGGUUAUUCCUUUGCACAGUUAUAGAAUAUGAUGUUGAUUUUAAGAAAUACCCCUAAAUGCAUUCAGAACCUUGUAUCUGUAUAACUUUGAUUUAUAACGAAAUGUGGUUAAAGAAAAAUGUGGGCCAGGUUUUAGAAAUGCUGAUCUUUAAAAAUCCUUGUCAGAGAUUUCAAAGCGUUUAGAAGUUAAUGGCUACCGACCAGCCUUCUAAGUAGCAUGACACUGUCUUAAAUGUGUGUAUGGUGAAGCAUGGCUAGGUGAGCAUGCUGUCCAGUCCUGCCAGGGGUGCGGCAGGUGCAUCUGAAAGCAGAGUUCCUAACUCAAUAAAAGUUUCACCUGGACUGAAGUUUGUAAUGCUAAGCAAGGAUGGAGCCUUCCUCGAAGCUGUGAGCCGGUGAGCCCCCUUCAUGGGUGUGAACGGGUGACUCGGUCUUUAGGGGGUUAUCUGUCAAUUUCAGUUUAUUAAAAAUCAGCCUUCGUUGAUAGUUGCUAACACAUGCUGGCCUGCCUUCUUUUUCUAGGUUUAACUUUGAGACAGUCCAGCUCAGACACUUGCUGGGUUCUGAGGUGAAGGCAGGUGGUCUGCAGGUGGCCUACUGGACCCUCUCCUAAAGUGCUAACAUCUCAGUGUUUACACUGCAGGCUUGUCAGUGUGGUAGCAGGGUGACAACUUUGAAGGCUUGAGGUCUCCCGAGUUUACUUUUGCCGCAUGUUUGGCAGCGGCUAGUUUGUGGUUGUUACUUACUGUGCCUUACAUUUUUAUACUUUGGUUUAUGCAGGCUAUAAAAUUUAUCAUAAAUGGGUUAAGUGGUUUGUUUUAUUUUAAGCCUCCCUCCCUUACCUCUUAUUUUCUAACCCUUUUUAGAAUUCUUUUCCCUCUGGAUAUCAGGUCAUGACAUUCUCCUUUCUUGUGACCUCUUUAUAAACACCAAACACAAGCCAGGUGUGGUCGUGCAUCUGUACUCCCAGCACUGCCUAGGGAGACUGAGGUAGGAAGAGCAUGAGUUGGAGGCUGGCCUAGACUACAUAUCAAGACCCUUAUCUCAACAACAACAACCAUUAAUAUGAAUUAGUGUAAUGAAUUAGUAAAUUCUCUAACAAAACCUUUAACAAAAGGUACAGUUUUGUAAAUGUAACUUCAUAAUGGUUAAUAAAAUUAGACAAAAUUUCA